GUCCUAUGGUUUAUGUCACUUUUGUUGCAAUAAAAUAAAUUCUUGGUAUCCAUUUCCUAGUGAUCCCUCUGUAGCAGAGGCCUUUCCAACUCAAACCUCCUGAUUUCUUUUUGUUCUUUCUGAUCUUUGCUUCAUGUAUUCUCUGAAACCUUCUGUCUUGCCAUUGCUGCCAGUUUGAUCUUUUUUUACUGGGGGUCAUGAAGAUGAAUGCAGUGUCUCGUUUUCUUUAGUGGUUCAGCAGUUAUCUUCUUGCAUCGAUCCAGAAGUCAAUCUUGUGAAUAUGAAAUUCAGAUGAAGGACACCAUUUCCAUGAGGGUUCUGUUUUGCAAGAUCAACUGUCCAUUAAUGUGCUUCUGCAAGCCCUCUGCUGCUCAUCUUUACGCUACACAGCCCCUUAAAUUGGAGAACAGUCCACACAUAACCCAUUCAACAGAUAGCACUGUUUCUGAUAUAUUGGAUAAAGCAACUUCAGGGAUUAAAGGAGAGACUGUUAAUGGCAAGCAUGAAGCUGUGAGUGUACUCAGAAGCUGCAUCAGGAAACUCCCAGCUCACUGCCAUGCUGACAAGAAAAUAGUACAGUGGGCAGAUGAUUUGGGGAAUGAACUUGCUGAGAUCAAGGAGUUUGAAUCCAGUAAUGUUCAAACCUUGUCAUCAAGUGCUGCUUCUGUAAUACAAAAUUUUGGGCUUAGUGAAACAGGGGACAUAGCCAAUGGAGAGGAAAGUAGCUGUUGUUUUUGUGUGAUUCUCUGAUGCUGAGACCAGACCGGUGUUGUCGAGGAAAACUAAUACCAUUUGAACGGUUCCAUAGUUUAUAGACUGACCACAAAGAUGCAUGGUAUGAAGUUCUUCUGUAGUUGUAUUCUUGAUUCUUUGCAGCCAAAAGACUACAUUUAAUUGUAAGUCUCAGAGACUAACCAAAAUCAAUUUUCAUCUACUGUAAAAGAUGGAGAUAUGUUUCAUGAGCAACCAAGAUGUUUUCUUGUGGUAUUAUGCCUACAGGCUGCAACAGCUUCUCUGUUUCUUGAUUUCUUUUUGAAGAUUAUUGGUUAAAGACACCAUGGGAGAUAUGAAACCCUCUGCAGAUUCAUUCAUGUUGAUUAAAAUUCUUUGCUGCACAGUAGAUGCAUAUGGUUGUAAUUUACAGUAUUUUUUCCAUUUGACAACAAGCUUGAUUUAGUCGAAUGCUUAUUUUCAUCUGAUGUGGAGGCAAGCAUGGUUGUGCAAGUGUAAUUCUGCAUUUUCUUGAAAGGGUUUAAAUUUCAAUCUCAAUUGGCUUCUCAAUAUUUUGACGAAAAGUUUGUGCAUCAUGAAGAAAUGAUUAAAUAGGAUCCUAUGGGCAAUGUUUUAUAAC